AUGCGCGUGGAAAGAUGCACAGAUCCAGUUCGGGACCGUGUUGGCCUUCCCCUCGGUCCUGAAGGGGCGUUCUUUGUCAGCUCAGCGGAGUUUCUUGCUUUGCCUACCGAGCUUCAGGAAACUUUCGUGCGAACACGGAAGCUCAACGUUAUUUACCCAUGGAAAAGCACCGCCGGAAUGGCACACGACAACUGGGACAUGGCCGAGCCGUUCCGCCACGUGUCGAAUUGCCAGUGGGUGCCUAGCGUGGACGCCGCCGGAAUCGAGUGGGACCGGAACGAGGAAUUCCGGGACUACGCGUUUUGGAUCAACUGGAUUGCUGAAAACAUCUUGAAGCGUUGGGGAUUGAGACUGGAAGCGGAGGUGUGGUAUCAAGGUAAAGCUCCCGGAGGAUGCUUUCCAGUUUUGGAGUUAGGGCGAAGACGAGGAGGACACGGGGAGGCUCUUAGCUCUAACGGGUCCGUUGUGAAGCAAGACGCCAGCAAGGGCGAGGUCCCGAACAUGCUAGGAGCCGCUGCCAGCGAUGACGUGGCGCUCGCAAAAACGCUCGCGCGCGCGCAGCUGACGAUGAAGGAUAACUUCGGCCGGACGCCGCUCAUGCUGGCAGCCUGGUGCCAGUCGUACGACAUGCUGGACUGGCUCGGAGGCCAAUUGCAGGGGGACACGUGGCAGCUGGAGGCGCAGUACUCCAAGCAGCCCUGCUGGUACAACGAACCUUUCGACAGUGCAAGCGUGUUCCAUUUCCUGCCCUACCUCGACCCUUCCCACCCAGCGACGCUCCGGAUUUUGGAACGUCUCGAGACAGCUGGGACCACGCCAGACCAUCUCAACAGAUUCAUAGAAGGGCGCGGCGAACAAACAGAAAGCACCCCCCUCACGGUCGCCGUCUGCAACGAGAACCGCCUCUUGACUGCGUGGCUGCUUAAAAUUGGGGCGGAUCCGAAUUGUCACGAGUUCUCGGGGGAUUACGAACGGUAUCCCGUCGAUUCGUCCUGGCCCAUCAUGCUAGCCGCGACGCACGACGACCCGGCGAUUCUGGCGCUCCUGUUGAAGCACGGCGCGAGCGUGCACGUGAAAAGACAACCCACCUGGGACGGGCGGAAGCGGGAGGUUUUCCAGCGUACCCAAGAGAUGACGCCAUUACACGUGGCGGCGUAUCGGCGUCGGUUUGAGAACGUCCGCCUGCUGGUCUUGCACGGGGCCGACUUCGAAACACGGUGCAACUUGAAAGAGAACUACGAUUCAUCGGAUGAUUUCCGGGUGCCCAGAGAGGUGGUGGAAGCGGGCAUGAGGGCGGAGCACGAUCGGAAGACUAAAUGCCAGCCGUUCGAUGUGGGGGCCGUUGACGGCGCGCUGACGGACUAUGACGCGGCUGUGCGAGCGGCUGUCGAGGAGAGGCAGUUACUGAUUCUCGGUUGCCUCAGCGCGAACGCGCUUCCGAGUCUGCCCGGUCAUUUGCUCAAGCGCAUCUUCGAUCUAGCCAAGUGCUCCUAUCCGGUGGUGACUUAG